AUGUCGAACAGAGUUAAAUGCAAUGCUAGGAUUUGCAUCAAAAGGGACACUGGUGGGGAUUUUGUGGUCUCAAUCUUUGUUGAGGAAUACACCCACAGCAUGUGCUCCAGGCCUUCAAACAUAUUCAUGCGGAUCAACCGGAAGCUCGAUGUGGCACAACAAGCAUUCCUUGCAAAUUGUAUUAAAGCUAAUGUCGGUGGUUCAGAAGGUUUCCGGCUAUACAAUGAGGCAGUGGGAUCGUUUGCUAACGUUGGUGCAACAACUAUGGAAUUCCAUAAUUUUAAACGAGACCUCCAAUCAUAUGUUGAUGAGAAGGAUGGAGAGAUGAUUAUUGCAAAAUUUAGACAGAAGCGCGAUGUUUGCGGGGACUUUUUCUUCAACAACCAUCUUAUUGACGAAGGCCAUCUUGACGUCUUUUUUUGGGCUGACCACGUCGGUCGUCAAAGUUUUAUGAGCUUUGGUGAUGUGAUUACUUUCGAUGCAACCUACGGUACGAACAGGUACAGUUUGGUGUUUGUACCUUUCACUGGGGUAGACAACCACAAACGAUGUAUUACAUUUAUUGCAGGGAUGGUAACUAGGGAGGACAUUGUUUCAUACGUGUGGGUUUUAGAGAGAUUUAAAGUUGCAAUGGGAAAGAGCCCCUUGUGCGUUGUUACUGAUCAAGACCCAGCUAUGAAGAUCGCUAUUGCUCGAGUACUGCCGGAGUCCCAGCACCACUAUUGUAUGUGGCACAUCAUGACCAAAGUUAGUGAGAAACUAGGCGGUGCAUUAGCGCAUGACGAGAUAUUCUGUAAUAAACUUAACAAUAUUGUGUGGAAUGAAACCAUUGUCAUUAGUGAGUUUGAGGCGCAAUGGCAAUCGUUAAUGGAAAAGCACAACCUAACAGGGCACCGGUGGUUUACAAAAUUAUACGCGGAGCGGGAGUUUUGGAUUCCUGUCUAUUUCUUAGACUUGCCCAUGAGUGGGUUGUUACGCACCACAUCCCGGUCAGAAGCAGAGAAUAGCGUGUAUGGGAAGAGCACCCGCCCGCACUGUAGUCUGGUUGAGUUCUACAUGCAAUUUGAAAGCGUCCUUGAAACACAACGCCAUACACAAGAUAAACUGAAUGCUGAGAGUGAGGGGUCCUUACCGGAACUCAAAACUCCUUCAGCAAUAGAGCGACACACAGCGCAGGUAUUCACCCUAACAAUUUUUUAUGAGCUCCAAAAAGCGAUUGAAUCUACAUAUUUUUACUGUGGGGUGGUAGGAAUCCGUGAAGAUAGGGGGGUGAUUUAUUACAACAUUAGAGGGAGCCACAAUGCUACCCAUACUGCUGAAUAUAAUCCGAUGGGGGUUAGUGAGUUGUGCAACUGCAAGUUGUUUGAAAGAUUAGGGUUGGUCUGUCAGCACAUGUUUUCGGUGUUCAAGGCUGCAUAG